UGUUAUCAGUAUAGUAUACUAAUAUAAAAAUAAAACGCAUGUUUAUUAAUUAAUUGUAAUUAAUUAAAUUAACAGAAACAAUCCAACAGUUGUGGUAUUUAAAGGACCCCUGUUGAAAAGGUCAAGAUACUGUAAUACUUGCUAGAGGCAUAACAUCAGUGUAUUAUCAAAUAUUUAAACGCAAGGACAUGGCGGCAAAUGGAAAAUUAGCUCUUCUCAGCGUAUCUGAUAAGGCAGGGCUCUUGCCUUUAGCGAAAUGCUUAUCGGACAUUGGCCUGGGGUUAGUGGGCAGCGGUGGGACAGCGACGGCGCUCCGUAAUGCAGGUCUCAAAGUGCUGGAUGUAUCGGACAUCACUGGGGCACCAGAGAUGCUUGGCGGUAGAGUCAAGUCGUUACAUCCCGCUGUACAUGCUGGUAUACUAUCUAGAUUGACGGAGUCAGACCAGGCUGACAUGAAGCGUCAGAAGUUCGAUAUGAUCAGUGUAGUUGUUUGCAACUUGUAUCCGUUUGUGGAAACUGUCGCUAAGCCUGAUGUGACAGUCCCUGAUGCUGUGGAGAACAUAGAUAUUGGUGGUGUGACUCUUCUCCGGGCUGCAGCUAAGAACCAUGAUAGGGUUACUGUUAUCUGCGACCCCAAAGACUAUGAUUUAGUUAUUGAUGAGUUAAAGAGUACUAAAGAUCAUCAGACAUCUUUGGAGACAAGGCAAAGGUUAGCUUUAAAGGCCUUCACUCAUACAUCAGAGUAUGACCUGGCCAUCUCUGACUACUUCCGCAAGCAGUACUCAGCGGCACAGUCGCAACUCACCUUACGAUAUGGUAUGAACCCACACCAAAAGCCGGCACAAUUAUUCACAACAUUAGAUAAACUGCCUCUGACUGUUGUGAACGGUUCCCCGGGUUUUAUCAACUUGUGCGAUGCUCUCAACGCCUGGCAGCUGGUGAAGGAGUUGAAGGAGGCGCUGGGGUUGCCUGCUGCUGCAAGCUUCAAGCAUGUCUCUCCAGCUGGGGCAGCUGUCGGUCUACCAUUGACUGAGGCAGAUGCGUCAGUAUGCAUGGUGAGUGACUUAGUGGGCCAGUUGUCGCCACUAGCGUGUGCAUACGCACGCGCCCGCGGCGCGGACCGCAUGAGUUCGUUCGGGGACUUCGUGGCGCUGUCGGAUAUAUGCGAUGACGUCACCGCGCGAGUUAUCUCCCGCGAAGUUUCCGAUGGGAUAGUAGCCCCCGGGUACUCGCCUGAAGCACUGCAGAUACUCAGCAAGAAGAAGGGAGGGAACUACUGUGUUUUACAGAUGGACCCAUCAUACACACCAUCGUUGAUGGAGCAAAAGACAAUAUUCGGUAUGACUUUGGAGCAGAGACGAAAUGACGCCAAAAUAUCUUCGGAUUUGUUCAAGAACAUUGUCAGCAAAAAUCAAAACCUGCCCGAAAGUGCUGUGAGAGAUCUCAUAGUGGCUACUAUCGCCCUCAAGUAUACGCAGAGUAACUCUGUGUGCUACGCUAGAGAUGGACAGGUGGUAGGUAUCGGCGCGGGGCAGCAGUCGCGCAUCCACUGCACGCGGCUGGCGGGCGGCAAGGCGGCGCUGUGGUGGGCGCGCGCGCACCCCACAGUACGCAGCUUGCGCUUCAAGCGCGGCGUGACGCGCGCCGUGCAGGCCAAUGCCAUAGAUAACUAUGUUAAUGGAACUGUCGGUUCAGAUUUGCCUUUAGAGCAGUGGGAGUCGCUGUUCGAGGGCGCAGCGCCCGCGCCGCUGUCGGAGGCGGAGCGCGCGGCGUGGCUCAAACAGUUGGACAAGGUCGCACUCGCCUCCGAUGCCUUCUUCCCUUUCAGAGAUAAUAUCGAUAGAGCUGUACAGUGUGGCGUUCAAUAUAUCGGCAGUCCGUCGGGCUCCAACAAUGACCAAGAGGUUAUCGCGGCUUGCGAUGAACACAACAUUGUCCUCAGCCACACUAAUCUUAGAUUAUUCCAUCACUAAACUACACCACUCAAUAUAUUUUUGACCUGGCACAUCGAUACAAAGAUACUCUUCUGUACGAAGUGCCAACUAAAACAAAUACUAAAAAAAUAAAUAUCCAGAGUAAAGUAUAUUUCAUUAAAUCAAACUACUUUUUGAUAUAAAAGUUUACA